AUGGCACUCCUCCCAGUGAUCACCAUCCAGCACGACUUCCCAGAAGUGAUCGCAGACAUCAAAAACGAGGUCUGUCUGGCGGAAGACAUCUGGAUAUCCUGUUAUACGCUCACCUCCGGAGCAACCACCCGAAGCGUCCAUGGAAAAGUCAGGGUGACCGCGGAUACCGAUGCCAAACAAAGCGGGAGAACCUUGCACGACCUGCCUAUCAGCUUACAGGGCAGGGAUGGAGUCGAAUGCGAAUGGGCAGCGCAUGCAUCCUACUCACAACUAGCGAUCAUAGUCACCUGCGACUCGCUAUCGAUCCCGCCCACCCUAGUCAGCUUCCCGUCCCAAGCACUCUCCGGGGUCCAACCCAACGGCGUUGAAUGCAUGGAUCUCGCAGGCGACUGGGUCGUCACCGGGGGGAAAAACGGGAAGCUCAGAGCCGACCGGUGGCGCCCAAGGGCCGAGCCUUCGACACCCGACAUCGGCCAUGAGCAUCGGAUCGGAAAGGGACAUCUCUCCGACCUCACUAGCUGCCAAUUCUUUCCUAGUGGGAAGGUGAUUCUGACGACAUCGAUCGACAUGUCAGCGCGGAUAUUUUUCCUGGACGAGGAGAUAAACAGCGAAGGGCAGCCAACGAAGCAGAUGAUGAAUGCGCGUACCUUAGGGCCUCCUCAUGGCCGGGGAUUGAUCGGGGCGGGGAUGCUCGGGAAAGGGAAGGAGAUCGUGACGGGGUGUCGGGACGGGAAGCUGCGGAUAUGGAAUGUGGGGUCGGCGAAGGUAGAGCAUGAGGCCGAGUGGCCGGGCGCGGCAUCCGACGAGCUCCUAGCGCUCGUCGUCGGCGAGAAACGGGUGCUGGAUCCGAUGGGCGAGAGCCUGCCAUCGGCUGAGAGCCAGGGCCGGUUCUUCCUCCUCCUGGGCCUCGCAUCCGGCGCCCUCCAAUGCGUCGACCUGCCCAGUCUGGAGCCGAUCCCCUGGGAGCCAUCGGCCCCGGCCAACGCGGACGGGCCCAUCGAAGCCCUGGCCGUGUCUUCCUCCUCGGACAUCAUCGCCUACGGCACACGCACAGGCACGGUAUGUCUCGCGAGUCUCCACUGGCGACGAGCCUCCUCGUGCUGCUCCGCUUCCUCCUCAGAGACCGCCGAGGACGAAAGCCGUCCGGGCCUGGCCGUCACGCCCUUGGCCACUUGGAAACGGACCUCUGCAGCCAUCUCUUCGCUCGCGUUCGCGGACGACGAUCAGGCCCUGCUCGUCGCCACCGCCGACGGCCUCCCCUAUCUCGUCUCCGUCGCUGCCCAGCCCCGGCUCCUCUGCGAACUCGCUGGCUACGAUUGCGAACCCCUCUCAUCCAUCCGAUCCUCUUUUCUCCACAAUAAAAUCUUCGCCGCUGGGAAGGACGGACAUGUCUUCAUUUGGAAUCGGCCCCCUCAAUCUUCCUCUGUUUCUGAUCCAUGA